UGCACGUCGCACUCAAGCGACCAGACCUGUGAACGGUGAGAGCGGCGCGGCAGCUGGAGUCUCGGGCUGCCCAGACUCCUCAACCUAGGGAGCGACUGGCGAGAUGCGUAUAGCUUGUAACGGGCUGCGUGGUAAAAUGAGUCUAUGAAACGGUUGCCAGGGCCGGCAAAAGGCCGUUCCCGGAAGUCCUUGGACGCUUUGGUAACGAUGAAACUACUGGACCAAUGCGGCGCCCUUUCCGGUUUUGUUCAGGCUCGCGCAGUUCUUUUUUUAACAAAGUUGCCUUUAACCCCGGAAGUGAGGUCUUCCGGGUUCCUCCCUCCCCCAAGAUGGCAGCUGUUGAAGACGAGUUAUUGCUGCCCCGACUCCCCGAGCUCUUCGAAACCGGAAAACAGCUUCUGGAUGAAGUGGAAGCAGCGACUGAACCCACUGGCUCCCGGAGAGUCCAGGACAAGGUGUUCAAGGGACUGAACCUCCUCGAGAAGGCUGCCGAAAUGUUAUCGCAGCUCGAUUUGUUCAGCCGAAAUGAAGAUUUGGAAGAGAUUACUUCCACUGACCUGAAGUACCUGAUGGUGCCAGCGUUUCAAGGAGCUCUCACCAUGAAACAAGUCAACCCCAGCAAGCGUCUAGAUCAUUUGCAGCUGGCUCGAGAACACUUUAUAAACUACUUAACUCAGUGUCAUUACUAUCAGGUGGCACAGUUUGAGCUGCCCCAAACCAAGAACAACUCAGCUGAAAAUAACACUGCUAGUUCUUCCAGGGCGGAUCCUAGCCUCGUUGCUAUGGCAUCUCAAAGAAAGGCUAAAAUAGAGAGAUACAAACAAAAGAAGGAGGUGGAGCAUAGGUUGUCGGCACUGAAAUCUGCUGUGGAAAGUGGUCAAGCAGAUGAUGAGUGUGUUCGUGAAUAUUAUCUCCUUAACCUUCGGAGGUGGAUUGGUAUCAGCUUAGAAGAGAUUGAGAGCAUUGACCAGGAGAUGAAGAUCCUGAGAGGGAAAGACUCUAUAAGAGAGGUAUCAACUUCUCCCUCAUCUCUUCAGGAGAGGCCUCCAAUGAAACCCUUCAUUCUUACUCGGAACAGGGCUCAAGCCAAAGUAUUUGGAGCUGGUUAUCCAAGUCUGGCAUCUAUGACAGUGAGUGACUGGUAUGACCAGCGUCAGAAAUAUGGAGCAUUACCAGAUAAAGGAAUAGCCAAGGCAUCAUCAGUAGAGUUCAAAAGAGCAGCCCAGCAACAGGAGGAUCAAAACCAAAAGGAGGAAGAAGAUAAUGAGAAAACACUCCACAGAGCUCGGGAAUGGGAUGAGUGGAAGGACACCCAUCCUAGGGGCUACGGCAACCGACAGAACAUGGGCUAAUCUUUCCACAACAGGACUACGUGCGCACACCUUCCCCACCAAGGAAAACUGUGCAGUCUUCCCCUCCCUGGGCACCUGCGUCAGCUGUCUACAAUGAAAGCAAAGAUGUUGAAUCUUGCUUUACGUUCAAUAAAGUCUCAAAUGAU